UUUGUUCUUUUAUGAUAUUCAUAAUUAUUUGGAAAAGCUCGUGUUUUGGCCUGUUUAUCGAAUCAAUCUGCAAUAAAUAAUGAAAAGCAAAGCAGUGAUUAUCAUAAUAUUUUUUAUUAUAUCUGCUAAACAGGUGAUUGGAGAACAUGCAUUUGAGAAGUCAUGUUAUGGGAAACAUUACCUUACUGUUCAAGAAGGGCAGUCCGUUAACAUAUCCAGCCCAGAAUUUGAAGACAAUUAUUAUCCAAAAAAUUGUUUAUGCUCUUGGACUAUAAGGGCCAACAAUGAUACUAAAAGACUGUAUGUAGAUUUUGUUGACCUUUCAAUCUGGCCUACAUUCAACUGUAUCCUUGAUGGUCUUGUAUUGUUCGACGGCGACUCAAAUAGCGCUCCAAUUCUGGGAUUAUACUGUACAGGUACACCUUCUGUUGGCGUUAAAACUACAGGACGAUUUAUUCACGUUGUAUUUUAUAGCAGCGAAUUUCCACAACAUCGGUUUAGAGGGUUUAUGCUGAACAUAACUGAAGUGGAUCAAGAAAAUAUUUGUAAAGAUGACGAAAUUACUUGUCAUAAUAAUAACUGCGUGUUAAAAAAAUUAGUCUGUGAUGGGAAAGAUGACUGCCAGGAUGGCACAGAUGAAGAAACAUGUGGUUUUCCCAUUAACCUCAAUAUACAUUGUGGAAUUACACCAAUAAGUCCAGAACUAGGAAAUGGAGAUCGGAUAGUUGGCGGACGGCCAGCUGUUCCUGGUAGUUGGCCAUGGCAAUGCUCCUUGCGUAGAAAGGGAAAUACCAUUUAUGGUCACUUAUGUGGAGCGGUUCUGAUAAACAACCAAUGGCUAUUAACGGUUGCACACUGCUUUAGAGACUUUCCAAAUGCCAGUCUAUGGACAGCUCAUUUUGGGAAGUUUUACAAAGAGAAAAAGGAAACCACCGAACAAAUUAGAUAUUUGAAAGAGAUUUUUAUCCAUCCGGAUUACAAUGGAAUGCGAACAAAUUCAGAAAUUUUGACGAAGAAAGGUAGUGAUAUAGCACUUGUCAGAAUAAAUGCGCCAGUAGCCAUGACAGACUAUGUUCGUCCAGUGUGCUUACCUCCCUGGAAAGCCCAGAUCCUUCCAGGAACUCUUUGCCACGUCACAGGAUGGGGAUCAACUAUGGGUACCGGAAAUUCAGAUGUUUUAAAGCAAGCUGAAGUUCCAGUUGUAUCUCACGAAACUUGCGCUAGAUACUACACAUUCCUGAAUAUUAGUAAGACUAUGAUAUGUGCCGGAUACGCCAGUGGUGGACAUGAUUCAUGUCAAGGUGACAGUGGAGGACCACUGGUCUUACAGAAGCUUAACCACUGGUAUUUGGUUGGUUUAGUCUCUACAGGUGGUAAUUGUGCCGCUGCAAAGCAACCUGGUAUUUACACUAAUGUAUCAUCAUUCAAGGCUUGGAUAUUAAAAAUCAUGUACAAGCAUAAAUAGGAAUUUGAUUUCCAUCAAGUUUUUCAAAAGCCUAAUUCCUGAGCCGAAGACAAAUGAAUAAGAUGAUACCUGGUGAGAACAACCAUUUAAAAUUCCAACAAGGAGAUCUAUGUGUGAAAAAAUUGCAGUGAGUGAAAAAAAUUUAGUUUUUUGUGCAGUGAAACCUCAGUGAGUCAACGCUCGCAGGCAAGCGAUUUAUGUGAAGUUAACGAGUUCCAUAGAAAUUCAAAAUAAAAAGUGUUUAACGAUUUGCAGUAAAAUACCUAAAAAAAUGAAA